AUAUCGACUGAUAGAAAAGAAUUGAUUUUAACACUUUUCAAAUUAAUAAUCACACUCCAGAAGAGGGUACCAAAAUCAAAUCCAUGGGUGUGUCAAAAUUAAUUUGGGAUUGCGAAAAUCACUUUUUUUGUUAAUUUUAUUUUUAUCCGCAAAUCACUCUCAUUCAUAGUUGGAUUUCUCUCUCACCCGCAUAAUCUCCCACGCAUAUAAAGUUGGAUUUCUGCUUCGCAGCUCUGCAACCACAUCUCUCCCUCUCUCUCCAAAAUGUCACCAAGAAAGAAAUCUCCCAUUUCCCCCACCACCGCACCCAAAUCCACAAUCUUCACUCUCCUAUUCCUACUCCACAGCCUCUCCAUCACUUCAUCCAGUCCAAUCAAGACCAUCGUGGUGGUGGUCAUGGAGAACCGCUCCUUCGACCACAUGCUGGGCUGGAUGAAGAAACUCAACCCGAAGAUCAACGGGGUCACCGGGUCCGAAUCCAACCCGCUCUCCACCACCGACCCCAACUCCCCUCUCCUCUACUUCCGCAACCAGGCCCACUACGUCGACCCGGACCCGGGCCACUCCUUCCAGGCCAUCCGGGAGCAGAUAUUCGGAUCCAACGACACGUCCGCCGACCCGCCCCCGAUGAACGGGUUCGCCCAGCAAGCGCAUUCCAUGGACCCGAACAUGACCCAGGAUGUCAUGAACGGGUUUGAUCCGGAUAAGGUUGCUGUUUACAAAGCCCUGGUUUCGGAGUUUGCUGUCUUCGACCGGUGGUUUGCUUCGGUGCCAUCGUCCACGCAGCCGAACCGGCUCUACGUCCACUCCGGCACCUCCGCCGGCGCUACUAGCAACAUUCAGGCGAUGCUCGCGAAAGGGUACCCACAACGCACGAUUUUCGAGAACGUCGAAGCGGCCGGACUAUCCUUCAGAAUAUACUACCAGAACAUUCCGGCGACCCUAUUCUACCGAAACCUAAGGAAGCUCAAGUACGUCGACAACUUCCUCUCGUUCGAAUCGUCGUUCAAGAGCGACGCGAAGAAGGGGAAGCUGCCGAACUACGCCGUGGUGGAGCAGCGGUACAUGGACACCAAGGCGAACCCGGCGAACGACGACCACCCGUCGCACGACGUGUACCACGGGCAGAUGCUGGUGAAGGAGGUGUACGAGACGCUGAGGGCGAGCCCGCAGUGGAACGAGACGAUGAUGGUUGUGACGUACGACGAGCACGGCGGGUACUUCGAUCAUGUGCCGACGCCGGUGCGCGGGGUGCCGAGUCCGGAUGGGAUUGUGGGGCCGGAGCCGUUUUUGUUCAGGUUUGAUAGGUUGGGGGUUAGGGUUCCGACCAUCGUGGUUUCUCCUUGGAUUGAUAAGGGCACUGUUGUCCAUGGACCCAAUGGAGUGCCUAUGGCCACAUCAGAGUAUGAGCAUUCAUCAAUCCCAGCAACAGUGAAGAAUAUCUUCAAUCUUCCUUCCUUUCUCACCAAGAGGGAUGCUUGGGCCGGGUCAUUCCAUAGUAUAGUCCAAACCCGGAAAGAACCAAGAACAGAUUGUCCUGUGCAACUCCCAACUCCAGUUCGCAUCAGGGAAACCGAGGCCAACGAAGACGCCAAACUGACAGAAUUCCAGCAGGAGCUAAUGCAACUUGCAUCGGUGCUAAAAGGAGACAACAUCUUCACGAAUCUUCACGAGAAAAUCGGGAAGAUGACGGUAAAAGAAGGGAACCAGUAUAUGGAAGGUGCAGUAAAGAGCUUUUUUGAGGCAGGGAUUGCUGCUAAGAAAAUGGGUGGUGACGAAGAACAGAUCGUGAAAAUGAGGCCCUCCCUCACCACGAGACCAUCAAAGCCCUAAAAAUGAAGACCAAUUAUAGAAAUUAGAUGUUGAAUCUUUUUAGGAAAUGUGUACAAAAUGUACCACAUUUGCAUCUGCUUUAAAGUAGACCAAUAGGGAAUGGAACGGGCUUGUGGUGUGGUUAAAAAGGUUGAACACCAUUUUCUUCUUCUUCUUUUUUUGCCUUUGAAUUCGAGUAAUUAGGUAUAUACCUAAUUCCGAUGACUCCUAGUUUUUCUUUUUUUGGGUAAAUUCCAAUGACUAGUAAAA